AAAGGGCUCUGACAUGUGAGUGCCCCUGAAACCACUCACAAACCCAAAACAAAUAGCAAACAUCUUUCAUUCCGAUCUCCAUAACUGGGUGUCUUCCCUCUCUCUUACUCUCUCUCUGUAAUCUCCAGCCCACAUUAGAUAAUCUAAAUUCCCACAAAUUCCUAGCUCCUAGAAGGGUAAAAAACAGUGAAGAUUUGCAAAUGGGUUUUCCCAAAUUCUCUGUAUCUUCCGUGUUUCUGAUAAUUGUGGUUAUGGGUCUGUCUUCUGGUGCAGAAUCAAAGACGUAUUGGGAGGACAUUGAGGUUUUGAAGGAGCUGAAGAACGGGCUCGAGCCUGGCUCAGUGGGUCCAGGCUCAUGCGUGAGCUCUUGGGACUUCACCGUUGAUCCCUGCGAUAACCUCUUCAGCGACCGCUUCACCUGCGGCUUCAGGUGCGACCUCGUCGUCUCUGGAACGAGCCGAGUCACGGAGAUCGGUCUUGACCAGGCGGGUUACACCGGUUCUCUCUCGUCUACUUCUUGGAAUCUCCAUUACUUGGAAUCCCUUGACCUCUCCAACAACUUCUUCUCCGGUCCGAUUUCUAGCUCGCUCGCUAACCUGACUAGGCUGCGCCGCUUGGGUCUGUCGAGGAACUCUCUCUCCGGCGAGAUACCCACCUCGAUUGGCUCACUCUCUGAGCUCGAGGAGCUUUAUCUCGAUAACAACAAUCUCCAGGGAACAAUCCCGGCGAGUAUGAACAACUUGGUGAACUUGAAACGGCUCGAGCUUCAAUCGAACAAGCUCGCCGGAGUGUUUCCCGAGUUGGGUUCUUUGAAAAACCUUUCCUUCUUGGACGCCAGCGACAAUGCCAUCUCCGGCAAAAUCCCGGGGACGUUUCCGGCUUCUUUGAUUCAAAUAUCGAUGAGAGACAACGUCUUAGAAGGAACAAUGGCCCCUGACAGUUUCAGAAACUUGGACUAUCUGCAAGUACUCGAUCUGAGUCACAACCGUCUCAGUGGCUCCGUCCCAGCGCUUCUUUUCGACGCCCUUCCAUCUCUGCAGCAACUUGCGCUCUCAUUCAACCACUUCUCCUCUAUACAAGUCCCAGCGUCCAUGGCCACCCAGAGCGAGCUCAUAGCCAUUGAUCUCAGCAACAACGAGCUCCACGGCUUUCUACCCUCGUUCAUGUCGUUGAUGCCAAGGCUCUCUGCUUUGUCCCUCGAGAACAACAAGCUCACAGGCAUGAUACCAACCAUGUACGCCUUCAAAGCCGUCGUGCCCGGACCCGGAAUCUCACCUUUCGAGAGGCUCUUGCUCGGCGGGAAUUACUUGUUCGGAGCCAUACCGGACCCUCUAAUGGGUCUCAAACCGGGUUCUGUAAACAUGAGGCUGGUGGACAACUGUCUGAUAAGGUGUCCGGCCAUUUUCUUUUUCUGUCAGGGUGGUGACCAGAAAUCUUUGGCCGAGUGUAAGAGCUUCAGCCCUUUAAUUCCUUGAACAGUGUGACUACAUGUCUAUAUAAUUGAUGGUGUUAUUAAUUUGA